ACCAUGGCAACGAUAGGUAGACUACUCUCAGCUGAUCUCCACGGAGAUGUAACUUACAAGUAUUGUUUUUGAUUGUUCGAGGUGAAACUAUGUGACAUGUAAUAAUGGUCAGCAUCAAAAUCAUCCGAGACCCCACCGCCUGAAGGAAACGAAACAGGGAGGUAAACGAUGGAAGAACGAGAGAAAGGCGAGACAGCCACUCAGGGCAGAGCUCUCUUCAACGGACCAAGUCCGUUACCAGGUUCGAUAUGCUCCUCUAGCUCUCCAGACGUUGGCGAAAUGAUUCUUGGCGGACUACGCUGCACGAAAGACAAUUGUAAGGAUCGUGAUCUACCAAAAGGAAGUUACAUUUAUCAGGACCACCGUAAAAGUGACGUUAAAUGCCUUUCUGGUGAAAAGAGAGGUUCCAUGUCUCAAGGAAUCCGUUCAAAUAACAAGGAUAUGGUUAACAUUAGACUUAAAAAGGCGUUGAUGUUAGAUCGACGGACAAACAUCAAUGGGUGUGUUGGGCCCCCGCUGGACCAGGAUACUGAGCAAUACCCUGGUGAUCGACGGGCCUCAGUGCACCCGGAGACUAUGCCAGAGAGGCAUAAGGGUUCCGUACCCUUAGCUUCUUCUGCAACCACCCGAAGGUGUACCGUCGUCCUAGGAGAACUCAAACAGUUCGAGAGACAAAAAAGUGAUAAAAGAGGUAGUGUCUCACAGUUCUACCAGAGCGGAAUUAAUACAGUUGAUAUCAAAAGAGACAAUAUAGCUAGGAUAUACGCAUAUGCCCCGGGAUACAAGCAAUCUCAAGAGAUACGGCGAGGUUCUAUGUUAUCUGGCGAGUCCUCACAAGUCGGGUACGGCAGGCGCCGAGACAGCUCGUUUGGUAGUGGCCAAGGAUACAACAGGAUGUCAUCUUUGGAAGGCUCAGGGUCUGUCUUCACGGGUUCACGGAGUAGUAGUAUUAACAGACUGAUGCUGGACGCCCCUUGGGGUCGGAGGAUCUCGGGUGGAGGGCAUGUUUGGUCCGCCACUGCGGGAUAUAAAGUGAGGGCUUUGGCCAAGAUGAAGAAGGGCCGGCGGAGACUGGAGUCGAGCAAUUGGGACCGCACCAUGUCUUCGGAUACAGAUGAGGAUCGAAAAGAAAGCCUUCUUCCAAAAUGGCGGUUGGCAACCAGAGUCAUAAUGAUGGGGAGAUGGAUGCUAGAGGAUCACAUCAAAACAUGCGAUUACGCUGGAACCCCCUACACAAAACAAGUGGAACAGAUCGAUCAGAGUGCAUCUCUCGGCAUCAACAGGGAUCACUAUCUUUUCUUUGAUCCGUCGGAUUUCAAAGCAAACAAACAGAUGCGCAUGUCAAGUGAAGCAAGAAGAAUUCUGACGAAGAGACCUGAAUACAGGACUGAACAAGAGAUCUAUUACGCCAUGAUCGCCCUGAGAAGUGUUCCAGCAAUCGCAGACUACCCCGUGCGAAUGCAAAUGAGACUGGCCCAGUGGGGAUCAUUUCAAAGUUUUGACGCCAAGCGUAUAAUAGUUCGAGAGAACGACCCUCCAUACGCAUUUUACUUCAUUCUCUACGGAACAGUGGUAGUUUGUAUCUUGGCAGACGACAAACAGGAGGCGAGGACCGUGUGUUUCCUACAUCGCGGCGAUAGCUUCGGGGAACUGGCCAUUGUGAACCAGUCAGCUAGACAGUCGACGGUCAUCGCCAAAGACUACAUAGAAAUGCUGGUCAUUUCGGACGAGGCGUAUGAACGCAUCUUCAUGGUGGGAGGAAGUAGAACGAUCAACGAUCCAGACCAUGAGACGUUUAUGAGAGGACUCAAGUUUUUGGAUGGAUGGCCGAGGGAUUUGCUGGUUAAUGAUCCAAAAACGUUCGUCUUCAGUUUCUUUAAACGCGAUGCAGUGCUUACCAUAGACACAAACCUGUCAAACUGGAUCUUUAUCGUCAAAUCGGGAAGUGUAAACGUCCUAAAGAAACUUGUCAAAAUGAAGCCGAACAUAAAUGCACGCACUGGCACCAUAUCUGUCAAAUCAAAGAGACGUGAGGCAUUCACAGCCUUCAAGAACAACCAGUAUGAUGCCUACAUCGCGAAAGAAAAUAUCUUUCAUCCUCUACCUUAUGGCCCAGAUGAUGAUCAGGAGCAGGCUAUCAAGUAUAUCACAGAGAUUAAUAUAACAGGAAUCCACAUUCAAGACGAUACUGACAUGGCAAGUGGUGACAAAGAAUGUGAGGUCAAACAUGGAAAAACGAACAGCAAAGUGGCUCUAAACAUCCGACCACACACUGCACGGUUCGGGAAAGGCAAGAAAACGGACUCAGUGAGCUUGACGGAUAGGACAGACAGACGACCAAAGACGUCAGUGGCGGAACUCACCAAGGACGACAAAGCAGAUUCAAAGAAUGUGGCAUCGACAGCUGACGGUAAGAAACCGAGACGAAAAAGCAAACAACAACAGAAUACGGUGGAGUCAAAGGUCAAGGUUCAAGACGAAAACGAUGAUCCUGGCGAACGGCGGACAUUUCUUGACGACUUGGAUGCAGCCGCCAAACAGCGAGAACAUCAACUCACAGAAGCUGACCUGAACCCACAGUUCGUCCACGUACGGACACUCACAAAAGGAUCUGUGUUUGGUUUGGAAACCUUAGUGUUCGACAACCAGCCCAGUAUGUGCCUAGUAAGUAAUGGAUCUGAAUGCAUUCUACUCAAUAAGAAGUUCUACCGCGAACACUGCCCACCGGAACUCUUUCGGGGUCUAAGGACUCAGAUAUCACCCUAUCCAAGCGACGCAGAACUGAAGAACAGUCUCUUGACAAGACUAAACUGGGAUACUUACAAGGACGCAACGUUAUCGGAGGUCUUGGCAAGGCGAAGAUCUCGAAUGGACCAUUAA